AGCCACCGCCUCGCCAUGGCGGGUAGCAGCUCGCUGGAGGCGGUGCGGAGAAAGAUCCGGAGCCUGCAGGAGCAGGCGGAUGCCGCGGAGGAGCGUGCGGGCAGCCUGCAGCGCGAGCUGGACCAGGAGCGGAAGCUGCGGGAAACCGCUGAAGCUGACGUAGCUUCUCUGAACAGACGCAUCCAGCUGGUUGAGGAGGAGUUGGAUCGUGCUCAGGAGCGUCUGGCCACAGCUCUGCAGAAGCUGGAGGAGGCCGAGAAGGCUGCAGAUGAGAGUGAGAGAGGCAUGAAAGUCAUUGAAAGCCGAGCCCAAAAAGAUGAAGAGAAGAUGGAGAUUCAGGAGAUCCAGCUGAAAGAGGCCAAGCACAUUGCUGAAGAUGCUGACCGAAAGUAUGAAGAGGUGGCCCGUAAGCUGGUCAUCAUCGAGAGCGAUCUGGAACGUGCAGAGGAGCGGGCUGAGCUCUCAGAAGGCAAAUGUGCCGAGCUUGAAGAAGAAUUGAAAACGGUGACGAACAACUUGAAGUCACUGGAGGCUCAGGCUGAGAAGUACUCUCAGAAGGAAGACAAAUAUGAAGAGGAGAUCAAGGUUCUCUCUGACAAGCUGAAGGAGGCUGAGACUCGGGCGGAGUUCGCAGAGAGAUCAGUGACCAAGUUGGAGAAAAGCAUUGAUGACUUAGAAGAUCAACUCUACCAUCAACUCGAGCAAAACCGCCGCCUAACUAACGAGCUAAAGCUGGCCCUGAAUGAGGAUUAAAAACUUGGGCCACGUUCUAGGAAUGGAGGCUGUGUUCAGAAAAUCUGUGACUCACAGGGUUAAAAAAGGAUAACUUCCUGGAGAAAUGGGAAGGAAAGGCGUUGGCUGGGUGGCUGCCUGCCUUGCCCGCGUUUCCCUUUAUAUAGCUUCAUUAAAUCCUCAAUAACCAAGGAAUUUUUACAAUAUAUUAUGUAUGUGUGAAGAUAUUUAUACCAGUCAAUUCAGCUCUUCCUGCAUCAGCAGGUCCUCUUUGAACUGAUUGAUAAUGACUCCUCUCCCCGCUGCCCCCCCAAAAGAAAAACAUUUCUAUUUCCUCUAAACAACUGUGAGUCCUGCUUUAAAUAUCUCUUACAAAUUUGUAUUCCUAACAUCUUCAUAACCUGUAGUUGUUUGAAAUGUUAUUCAAUGUACCUAUGCUUGGGCAAGAUAGCUUUUGAAAACAGGAGCUCCUUCCAGAAGUCCCUGGUUGAAAGGUAUGCUUUGUUAAGUUUAACCAUGUUGGGACCUGAUGAGCGUGUCAUGCUAAUAAGUGGGAUACUAUAAAAAAUACUAAGAGAAUGUCCUAGCGAGGUAUGCAUGAGAUGUGUUGAUAUAACCAUUUGUGAGCAGUAGAAAUAAACCGUUUAAAAAGUGGCCAGAACCUUCCUGACGCCAUCUUUACUUUCUGUGAGGCUGUGUUCUGGCACAGCUACCAGAUCUUUAACUGCCUGUAACUCAGAAUCCUGUGCUGGUAUUAACAUCUUCCGUUUGUGUAACAAUGCUGUUGUACCUGUAUUUGGGGUUUUUUGUGUGACCCUCUCUGGUUCCUGUAGCAGCACGCAGUGGGUAAGCCUUCACCAAACACACCCUGCACUUUAGGUCAGGGUGGGUUGCAGGUGUAGGUGCACCCAGGGCCUUGUGUAGAUGUGAGUGAUGUCCGAAGCAUGUGUAGUGCCACUCAUCUAUGUGUGACUGGUGUUUGCUUACUAAGUGUACAAACCACUACCGGGUGUGAAGCUCAGCUACUC